UCAUCAUGGCUCAGUUCAGUGAAGAUGAGGUUUCUUUUCUUAAAGAAUUGCCAGAGCAUGUGGAGAUAGAGUGUCCAAUUUGUUUUAAUAUCUUGACAGAUCCUCAUAUUGUGAGCUGCUGUGGACAUAAUUUCUGUGGGUCUUGUAUUGAGAGAGUAAAAGCUAGUAAUGGAUCUUGUCCUUUGUGUCAAGAGGAGGAAUAUCAAUCAUUUAUUGAUAAGAAGUGUUCAUGUAUUAUCAAUGGAUUGGAGGUCUACUGCAGUAAUAAGGAGAAAGGAUGUCAAUGGAAAGGAGAAUUGAAGAAUAUGUCUACUCAUCUUAAUAAAGAGAAGAGAGAAGGAGAAUGUCAAUAUGACGAAGUAAAGUGUCGAUAUGAGAAAUGUCAAGAGAGAAAGCAACGUAGAUAUCUCAAAGAUCAUGAAGAUAGAGAAUGCCCUUACCGUCCAUUUCAAUGCCAAUACUGUGGGGAAGAAGGCACGUUCCUCUCUAUUACAAAGGAUCAUUAUGAGGAAUGCAGGCAGUAUCCUGUUACUUGUCCCAAUAAAUGUGUGUCUACUAAAAUGCCUCGCGGUAGUCUCACUGCUCAUAUCAAUGAGUGUCCAUUAGAGCCAGUAGAUUGUGUGUUUAGUUGGGCUGGUUGUAAUGAUAAGCCAUUACGUAAAGAUGUACAUGUACACACUGCUGAUACUAAACACAUGACACUAUUAGCUGUAGCUUGUGGACACUUGAAGAAAGAAAAUGAACUAAUAAAAGAAGAAGUGGUAACAUUAAAAUGUGACACUCUUAAUAUUCACAAUGCCAUAGCUGAUGAUCCAUAUCCAUUACUACCAAUUGAUAUUACCAAAGGAAGUGAACCAGUUCAUUUCUAUACUGGUGCAUGUGGUCGGCACAUGUCAGCUAGACUAAUGACACAGGGUAAUGAAUGGGAUGGAUAUUCCUUCAUGCUAUUUGCAUUUCAUGAAGGCCAAUUUGAUAAAUCUUCACCAAAGCUACCUAAGAUAUUUGGAAAGCUAACAUAUUCAGCUGUAGUGUGGCCCCCAGGACUAGAAAGAGCUGUCAAAGUAGAUACAGAUGUACCAUUAAUAGAUGACACUGAAGCUACUUAUGAACAAUUACAUUAUCAUACUCUUGAUUUCAUUAUCAGCUGUGAGGGUACCCUACCACAAGGAGUAAUUAAAACAGAAUUAAAAAGAUAUGCAAAUUUUGCUAUUGAAUCUGCUAUGAUUUAUUUAUACAGAGUAGUUCAUUAUUUUAAUCAUUAA